UCCUCUGGCUCCCAGUCGCCCAUCGUACCUCCGAGCUCCACGUCGACGGGCAGCUCCAGCCCUGGCACCCCGCAGCCGCCCCAGCCGCUCUCCACAAGCUCCACCAUCUCUCCUGAACCUCCCCCGCCUUUCUCACCAGUGCCUGCACCUGAGGCCCAGCAGCCGCACGCUCCUCCGCCAGCCACAGCCUCCCCAGCACCUCCGGCUGCAGCCCCGCCGCCGAAGCGCAGCAUCAUUUCACGUCUGUUCGGGACGUCUCCCGCGCCAGACCCCUCUCCUCCCCAGCCAGAUGCUGCUUCUGCCGCUCCUCCUCCCCACCCUGAAGCCCCUGCAAAAGUACAGAGCGUGGAGGACUUUGUUCCCGACGACAGCCUGGACCACAGCUUUCUGGAAGACCCAGCCCCACAGAAGAGCAAAGGGAAAGCGCAGACUAAACACCGUGUCAAUAGUGAAAGCGAUGGGGAGGCGCCCGGGGGGAACCCCAUGGUGGCGGCUUUCCAAGAUGACCUGGAUCUGGAUGACAAGAUCCCCAGCAGACCCAUGCUGGCAGCAGAACGGGUGCCCAGCAAGAACGUCACCCUCUCCAGCGAGGAGGAGGAAGAGGAAGAAGCGAAGAACUCGAAGGUCGUGCUCAUACCUGAUGAAGACAUUGACACGGAGCAGGAAAAAAAAAGGUCUUCCAGAAACUCUCUGAAACCACAGAGUGAAGCAAUUUUGACCAAAGCAACUGACACGAAGCCUCCUGACAGUUUACCUCCGCGUUCUGGGUCCGAAAGAAACAGCAGCAGCAAGGUCAACCCCAGCCUGCCAGCUGCUGCUGCUGCCACCCCAGCAGCAGCCCAGGCCCCAAAGACCACUUCCCAAAGCAAAGGACAUGCUCUCAAGCAGAAAGUGGUCAAAGAGGAAAAGCCUGAGGAGUCUGACAGUGAUCCAGAGGGACCAAUAGCUACUCAGAUGCUCUCGUUUGUUAUGGAUGACCCAGACUUCGAAAGUGAGGAUUCUGACAGCCAGAAGAAGAAAAUGGAUGAAUUCCCAGUCCGGGAAGAUCUCUCUGAAACAUCUGAUGAUGAUACCUCACUGGCAAAGCCACCCCAACCUGUGAAAUCAACAGUCCACUCCUUCAAACUGAAAAAUGACUCGGAUCUUUUUGGUUUGGGUUUGGAAGAAACCGGUCCCAAGGAGAGCAGCGAGGAAGAUAAACAAGCUUCUAAGGAGAAAAAGAAGAAGAAAAAGAAAAGCAAAGAGGAGGAGGAGAAGUCUGUGAAAAAGAAGAGCAAGCACAAGAAGAGCAAAGAGAAGGAGGAGAGCAAAGAGGAGAAAGAGAAAAAGAAGAAGAAAAAGAAGAGCAAGGAGAAGAACAGCGAGAUAGAUGAACUUGAGGCUUUUCUUGGAGGAGGAGGAGCCAGUGUGAGCAAGCCUCGAGGAGGUGGGGACUAUGAGGAGCUCUAG